AAUGGAGCUCAAUGUGAAGUCAGUGAAAAUGCUGAUGGGGGGGUGCCAGUGUUAAAACUACUGCCAGCAUUAAAGCUACUCAAAUCAAAGAGAACGCGGAUAAAUGAGAGACAAAAUUCUGAUACCUCUGUGGAGGGAUGGAAAACCGAGGUGUUGCCCAAUCAGAAAUCAGCCAGUCACGGCAAUGCUGCUCCUUGUUGUUGCAAAGUGUGUGGGAAGUCUUUUAAAUUUUUGGUGGGUUUAAUUAAUCAUGCGCAAACAGUACAUGCAAAUGAUGCAAAACAUAUGUGUAGUGUGUGUGGAAAAAACAUGAACUCCUCUCAAUGUAUGAUAGAACACCAACAAUCUCACAUUGCAGAAAAACCUUUUUGUCAUAUUUGUGGCAAAUGUUUCCAUUGUAAUGCUAAACUGAGAACGCAUAUGCGUGUCCACACAGGAGAGAGGCCAUAUUGGUGCCAAGAAUGUGGCAAAGGCUUCAGGCAGCAGCAAAACCUUAAAGAGCAUAUGAGGACUCAUACAGCGGAGAAACCGUAUCGGUGCGAAGAAUGUGGCAAAUGCUUCAAACACUCGAGCAGCCUGACUGUGCAUAUGAGGAACCACACAGGGGAGAGACCAUAUAAGUGCCAUUUUUGUGAGAAAUCCUUUGUCUCAGCAAGUAAACAAAGUCUCCACCAACAGAUUCACAUUGGGAAGAACUGGACACUGUUUCAAUGCAGCGAGUGCAGUAGAAGCUUUAGUCAUGUGGGGACCCUGAGAAAGCACAUGAAGAAUAUGCACAAACGGUGCCCCCAAUUCCAAACCAACACCGCACCCCUAACGACUCACUUUGCGUUCCUUCCGAUGUUACCUGUUGCUGACAAAAUUCAAGAGGAUCACUUUCAGAAUGGAGAUUCUAAUUAGCCCCUAACCCCUCAAGAAAUGUCACUGUAAUGUACACGGUACCCCCUGUAUAGAGCCUCGUUACUGUUAUUUUAUUGUUGCGCUUUAAUUCUUUGUUACUUUUAUUUUUUAAUUUGUAUUUAUUUAUUGUUUACUUCAGUUUAUUUAGUAAAUACUUUCUUAAAACGUAUUUUUUCUUAAAACUGCAUUGUUGGUUAACGGUUUGUAAGCAAGCAUUUCACUGUUGUAUUCGGUGCAUGUGACAAAUAAAAAUUGAUGUGAAUUUUUUUUGUACACAGAACCAUGUUGUGUGAUACAUUUACAUCUUAUCCAGUGUGUUCAUCUUAAGGCAAGCUUUCCCAAAGUUGGUCCUGGGGCCGCCCCUGCGCAAAAAACAAAACGGGGGGGAACAGACUUUGGGAAUCCCUGUCUUAAGGUAACUAGGUGAGACAAGACAACCACAUAUCACAGUCAUAGUAAGUUUUAAAAAAUAUCAAGAUGCUGUAAAUCAAUAUAGAUACAUAUAGUGACCACUGAACUGCUGUUACUGUAGGAUAGACAUAGACAUAGUGUUUUUUUUUGUUUUGUUUUUUAAUUCAUCGUUUUUUUGUCUACCAAGCUGAGAAUAUAUGGAAAUUCUGUGCUGUGUCACGUUUUAGGAUGUUCAUGUAAUGGUGUUGUUAUUGAGGCAUAGUUUUGUCUGUAAUAUCUCUGCUGUGUGAAAAUGGAAAAUAAAAAGUUUAAAAAAUAAGCGGUCUCCUUUGCCUUUUGCCUCAAUGUAGCUGAGCAAAUGUUAUAAUAAAAUAGAUAUUGAAUUGCAAUCAUUUUGAAAAUGUAGUGUAUGCUUAGGCUACUUAUUAAGGCAUUUAUAUCUAUUACAGGAUUAACUGAAUGGAUAACAGAGACUGAAUGCAAUAUGUCAUUUUAUUAAAUAGUUUGGGGAAUGGCCUUGUCUCCGAGGGAAGAUCCUCGGAGCCAGAUGAUGUGAUUGCAGGUAACCCUAUGCGAGGCGGCUGGUAUCGAAACCCCCGCUAGGAGAAAGAAGUUCCAAUAACGGGCCUUUAUAAGGUUAUUAUAGCUGGUCGGGGAGGUGUAGGGUUGUCAAACUUUUGCUGUAACACAGCAAUUAAGAGAACUUGGGUAAGUUUGACAUAUAAAUACAUUGCAAGAUUUACUCCCAUUGGUUGAGAUAGAGAAAGGUUAUAAUUGCGAGAGAGAGCAGAUAUGUUAAACAGCUAAAUCUUGCAAUCAUUGUGCCAUGCUCAUAGGUUAUAAGAUAAAUAGGUGAAUGACAUUUCCCACGUGGCUAAUAGAAAAGAGAAUAGAUAGGACACUAUGCUGAUGAGAACAUUUGUAACCUCUUAACAUAUACAUUCCCACUAUGCACAUAGAAUAGGAAAAAUUUGCAUUAUAUAUUGCAUAAUGUAUUAAGUUAAAGCGAGCAUUCAGACCAGCUUAAUGAUUGAACUUUCGUAAACUACAUUGAGUAUGAGGAUCAGGAUUUUUACAUUUACGUCAUUUAGCAGACGCUCUUAUCCAGAGCGACUUACAGAUAGUGAGUGCAUACAUUAUUGUUUUAUUUUUCAUACUGGCCCCCCAUGGGAAUCGAACCCACAACCCCGGCGUUGCAAACGCCAUGCUCUUCCAACUGAGCUACAUCCCUGCCGGCCAUUCCCUCCCCUACCCUGGACCAAUUGUGCGCCGCCCCAUGGGUCUCCCGGUCGCGGCCAGCUAUGACAGAGCCUGGAUUCAAACCAGGAUCUCUAGUGGCACAGCUAGCACUGUGAUGCAGUGCCUUAGACCACUGCACCACUCGGGAGGAUGAGUUAUAAAGUCCUCAAUAUCCAAAUUCCAACUCUGGGCUAUUUCCAUCACUGUAAACAACUUAAUCUGCUGUCUAAUGGAAGUGAGAUGGCCAUUUUUUUAGCACUGAAAAAGGCCUAAAAAGGAGCUUUACAGCCCACUUUACACCAAGACACACCCCGAAACUUAAAAGAGAAACAACCCACCUGGCCAGGACGGUCAAACCCCAUAUACAUUUGGUGUUAAAUCUUGGUCAGCUUUAUUCUUCAGCAUGAUUGAUUGGUUAAAUCAGCUCUAUUCCCCAUUUUAGCCAACCCUAACCCUUUUCCUAACCUUAACCUAAUUCUCCUAACCUGCUACAAAAAGUCAAUUCUGACAUUGGUUAUGUUUAGAAGGGGUAUAGCCUUACAGCAGUGGACAAUUGUCCUUCAAUGUUCUAAAUUAUUGUCUCUAACCACGUUUCCAUCCACAGUUUUUAUGAGUAAAGUCAUACGGUAUAAUAAAAAAAAUCACAACAGCUGUGAUGGAAACAGGAAGUUUUGGUACAAUGUUAUAAAUGCCAACAAAUAAUUUGUUCGUUUGACAUGGUGGGAUAUUUUUGUGUCUGUAAAAUGAUUAAGCGUGAAAUAGUGCUGGAAACGCUUUUAUGUGCAAAUAUUGAUAUAAUAACCAUCAUAUCGAAGUAAACUUGAAGUCACACGAUGACAUGUUGUGUCGUCCUCCAAUUACGACUCGUCAGGAAAGGAAUGCAGUUUAUAGGCAAGGCUACAGAUUAAAUCAAUUAUGAUGAACUUCACAGGGUGGUGAAAGCACAAGGUGAUGAGUUUGAUGCAAGGUGAUGAGUUUGAUGCUCCUUUCCAAUAAAUAUCGAGGUGGCAUGAUGAUCGAUGCUUGACAAAUAAUUUUGUUGGGAAAAUGACCAACAUUCAUCUACUCUCACGCUUAUUGCCCUCUGCUGGUAGGGUUUCGGUACCGCAAGAUCGUCGCUCUUUGUAUACCACGUGACUAAAUGCAGAGCGGGUCGUCCACAGAGUUUUAAUCUUUGGUUCGUCACUCCCGCCAUCUUUGUUUGAGCAGAGCUACCGCGUGAGCAGAAUAGCAUAAACGUAUUGACUUCAAUUUCCCUCAAAAUGUCCAAACUACAGCUGUUGAAUGAGUUUCUCUCACAGCGCUUGACGGCGGCAACUAUUGAGAUAUUUGGGGCAGUGGAAAAAACGAUAACAGAGUACCAGGAAGAAAUCUCCAGUUCAAAGGAGGAGAUCGAACGUCUACAGAGGCUUCUGGAUGUGGCUUUGAAACCCGACAUAAAGUUACAUAAAGCAGGUUAGUAGUGGCCACUGCUAACUAGAUUAUAAAAAACAGGAGGGUGGUAUGCACAUCCUAAACUUGAGUAACGGGGCUGGGCUAAACAAUUAUAUAGAUAAAUAAUUGAAAGUCCCGCACACGGUAGUUGCUCCCCAGUGUUUUUGGGUGCGGUAAAGCACUGUGGAGCGACUAGCUAGCUAGCUGGCUAUAUUACGUGUGCGGGCCUUUCUUUAUCACUAACAUUACUAGAUCAAUGACAUGGCUAGAGUUGUUGCAAAGACAAGUGUUGCAGUCAGGCCGCCAACAACUGUAAACAAAUUUUAUGAAAUAUAUAAACAAAAAUGCAUUUCUGCCACGAACUGAAUGUUUAUAUAAUUUACCCUCCAGACGCCCAGCAGCUCACUCUCCCUGUCCCAGAGGAUGUUCCCACUGAGAAGCAGCACUGUGAGCAGGAGGGGAGCCCCAGUCUAGACCAGGAGGAGCCAGAGCCCACACACAUUGAAGAGGAGGUCAGGACCAGUCAGGAGGAGCAGCAGCAUCAAGGACUGGAGUCUGACAUAGAGUUCAUAUUUACUCCUCCCUGUGUGGAAAGUGACUAUGAUCAGGACCCACCCCAGCCCUCACUAACCACCAACACAACUGAAGAGAUGGAAACCGAACCAGAGGGAGAGAAAAAUGGGGCAUCAUUAACAACGAGUGACUUCCAGUCCCCCUCUGUUGCAAAUCCAGGAUCCCCUGCAGCACAGAAUAACACCAGUGGAAGUGUUGAUGUAGUGGCGAGUGGAGGACUACUGUCAGCGUUGGGGUUAGUACGGACAACCGGUAUGCAAGCAAGUGUUGGAGGCCGGAGAACCAAAAAAUUACCCCACAAGAAAGUACAAAGCCCCCAUUCCAGUGCAGUAAGCAGGAAAACUACCAAGUUACCCCUUAAGAUAGUGCAAAGCCCUGAUACCAGUGAUGGAGGCAAGAAGGCUACCAAGUUGCCCCUAAAGACAGUGCAAAGCCCUGAUACCAGUGCAGUAGGCAGGAAGACUACCAAGUUACCCCUCAAGACAGCGCAAAGCCCCGAUACCAGUGUUGGAGGCAGGAAGACUACCAAGUUAUCCCUCAAGACAGUGCAAAGCCCCGAUACCAGUGUUGGAAGCAGGAAGACUACCAAGUUACCCCUCAAGACAGUGCAAAGCCCCAAUACCAGUGUUGGAGGAAGGAAGACUACCAAGUUAUCCCUCAAGACAGUGCAAAGCCCCGAUACCAGUGUUGGAAGCAGGAAGACUACCAAGUCACCCCUCAAGACAGUGCAAAGCCCCAAUACCAGUGCAGUAGGCAGGAGAACUUCCAAGUCACCACGCAUAAGAGGAGAGGAGACUGGAGGACUACGGUCAGCACUUGGGUUAGUUCGGACAUUGAGAGCACGGGUCAAGAAAGAACAAAGCUCUCCUACCAGUGCUGAAGGCAGGAAAACUAAAAAGUUACCCCACAAGAAAGGACAAAGUUCUCUUACCAGUGCUGGAGGCAGGAAAAUCACCAAGUUACCUAAGGUAACAUCACCAAGUAAAAGCCAUACUGCUCCUCAUUGUUGCAAGAUGUGUGGGAAGUCUUUUGUUUUCAUGACUUAUCUAGUUAGUCAUGUGCAAAAAAUGCAUUUAAAGGAUAAAUACCAUCUUUGUGGGGUUUGUGGGAAAGAUUUUAGGUCCACAGAUAGUAUGGUGAAGCAUUUGCAAACCCACAUGGGAGUGAAGCAUUUUUGCCACGCCUGUGCUAAAGUCUUCACUUGUAGUUCCAACCUGAAAGUGCAUAUGAGGAUCCAUACAGGGGAGAAGCCAUUUCACUGCAAACACUGUGGGAAAGGCUUCACUGUGAGGAAGUCCCUGGAAGACCAUGAGAAGACUCACACAGGGGAGAGGCCAUUUAAGUGCACUUCAUGUGGAAAAUGUUUCUCAUCAACAACUCAUCUAAGUCGCCACCAGGAAAUUCACACAGGAGAGAAACCCUAUCAGUGUAAUGAUUGUGGGAAAAGCUUCAGUCGGAAGGAAAAACUUGCUGAACAUAUGAGGACUCAUACAGGGGAGAAACCAUAUCCCUGCCCUGAAUGUGGCAAAUGCUUUGGUCUGAAGGGAAAUCUGACCACCCAUAUGAUAAGACACACAGGGGAGAAACCGUGUAGGUGCCAAGAAUGUGGGAAAUGCUUCUCUUUGAAUGCAGACCUGAAAAUUCAUAUGAGGACACACACGGGGGAGAAAAGAUAUAAGUGCAAUGUUUGUGACAAAUCCUUCACUCAGAAGGCAUACUUGGCUAGCCACAUUAUGAAACACACAGGAGAGAAAUAACAGGUCCAAUGAUUGUGUUAAAUGCUUCAAUCAAAUGGGAACCUUGAGAGAACAUGAAGCGCAUUCUCAGAGUAAAAACUCCUCCGUUCAUUGUGAAUUUAUUUUUGUUUUUUUCCUGGUGUGAGUAAAUGACAAUACACCACCACAGUACAAAAAGGUGAAAGAGACCUGUGUGGGGGAAAUGUAAAGGUCAGAACCUGGUUUGAGAGCACAUUGUACUCUAUAUACCAUUAGGGACCUCAGAGGACGACUGGGUAGAAUAAACUUAGGGUAUGCAUUAAUAAACUUGCAGAGCAUUGUAGAAAAGCAGAGUUCGUAGAUUGAGUGGAUUUUAAAGCAGAAGCGACAGUCCCAGCUAAUUUAUUAUCAAAUGUCACACAAGACAAUUUAGUCACUAUCUUCUAUUAGUAAAAGCUAUAUUUUGUUAGAUUAAAGGGUUAGUUCACCCAAAUUACAAAAUGACAUUGGUUUCCUUACCCUGUAAGAAGUCUGUGGACAAGGUAUGACGGCAAUCAAUGCUUUGGUUUAGUUUCCUUGGCACUGUUUUCACAUGCUAACUUUUUAGCAUUUUUGGCACAAAUCCCAUUCAAGUGAAGGGACCGAUUAAUAGAUUUUUUUGUGAAUCGUGUUCAAAUAAUCUAUAAGUGACUGAGGUUCACAAUUUGGACAUGAUGCGUGAAAAAUGCUAAAAUCGGUUCCAUGACUUGAAUGGGAUUUGUGCCACAAACACUAAAACGUUAGCAUGUGGCCUCCUGUAGCUCAGUUGGUAGAGCAUGGCGCUUGUAACGCCAGGGUUGUGGGUUCGAUUCCCACGGGGGGCCAGUAUGAAAAAAAAAAAAUUGUAUGCACUCACUAACUGUAAGUCGCUCUUGGAUAAGAGUGUCUGCUAAAUGACUAAUGUGGAAAUGGUGCCAGGGAAACUAAACCAAAGCAUGGAUUGCGCUCAUACCUUGUCCAUAGACUGCUUACAGGGUGAGGACAUUUGGGUGAACUAACCCUUUAAGGCUAAUGGUUGUUUGAUAUUAAUGUAUCUAAAUCACAGGAGGUUGGUGGCACCUUCAUUGGGGAAGAUGGGCUCGUGGUAAUGGCUGGAGCGAAAUUAGUGGAAUGGUAGCAAAUAUAUCAAACACAGGGUUUCCAGGUGUUUGACGCCAUUCCAUUUUUUCCGUUCCAGCCAUUAUUAUGAGCUGUCCUCCCCUCAGCGCUGAUCUAUAUAAUACUGUAUCAUCAGUAUCGGCUUGAUUUCAUCUUAUGAAAAUAUUUGUUGCAGCAAUAACAAAGAUAAUUUUGUACAUGUUUUGUCAUUGUAAUGGAUUGGCUUGGCGCAAAUUACGUGUAGCUUUUUGUUUGACCUAACAUUAGCAUUUUGUGUGAAACCUAUGAAUAUUUGUCCAUUACAUUUACCAUUAAAUAAAAAAGGUAAAUGUUUGUUCUUGAAAUAAUAGCCUACUCCUUCAGUUUGCACCCAUUGCACACAAAACAUCCAUAGAUAUCAUCGAUCAGAAUCAUCUUUAUUCGCCAAAUACAUUUGCAUGUAAAGGAAUUUGACUUCGUGAAAUGGUGCUGCCACAGUAUACAGACCCAUGAUAAACAGGAUAUACCGACCCAUGAUAAACAGGAUAUACAGACCCAUGAUAAACAGGAUAUACAGACCCAUGAUAAACAGGAUAUACAGACCCAUGAUAAACAGGAUAUACAGACCCAUGAUAAACAGGAGAUACAGACCCAUGAUAAACAGGAGAUACAGACCCAUGAUAAACAGGAGAUACAGACCCAUGAUAAACAGGAUAUACAGACCCAUGAUAAACAGGAUAUACAGACCCAUGAUAAACAGGAUAUACAGACCCAUGAUAAACAGGAUAUACAGACAGCUUAAUAGAAGCAGAGGUUACACAAAUCCACAUGCGGUAUGCACACUAUGUACACUAAUUUAAGAACUACAAGCUUCAGUAUAAACACAAAGCUACAUCAUACACUGAUUGUACAAAACAUUAGGAACACCUUCCUAAUAUUGCGUUGCACCCCUGUUUGCCCUAAGAACAGCCUCAAUUUGUCGGGGCAUGGACUCUACGAGGUGUCGAAAGCGUUCCACUGGAAUGCUGGCCUAUGUUGACUCCAGUGCUUCCCACAUUUGUGUCAAGUUGGUUGGAUGUCCUUUGGGUGGUGGACCAUUCUUGAUACACACGGGAAACUGUUGAGCGUGAAAAACCCAGCAGCGUUGCAGUUGUUGACACUCAAACCGGUGCGCCUGGCACCUACUACCAAAUCCCGUUCAAAGGCGCUUAAAUAUUUUGUCUUGCCCAUUCACUCUCUGAAUGACAUACACACAAUCCAGGUCCCAAUUGUCUCAAGGUUUAAAAAUCCUUCAUUAAUCUGUCUCCUCCCUUCAUUUACACUGAUUGAAGUGGAUUUAACAGUUGACAUCAAUAAGGAAUCAUAGCUUUCACCUGGAUUCACCUGGUCAGUCUGUCAUGGAAAGAGCAGGUGUUCCUAAUGUUUUGUACACUCAGUGUACAUUAUGUAUGUAGAGAUGUAUGAAUUUAAAAAAAACGUUUACAGGAUGUAUCUGAAGACGAGUCUGGUGCAGAGUGCAAAGAGCAAUGUCCAGUUCUAGGAUGAUAGUGCAGGGUGCAUAGUCCAUGAAUGAGAAGAUCAUCGUGGACCAGGUGGCCGGUUGGCAAAUAAUUUGAAAUAGGAAAUGCGUGUUUAAUAAGGUCUUCUCUCUGCUCCGGCAGGGUUGCAUGGCGAGCCGUCUGAUAAUCACUGUCACUGCAGAGGCUAUAGUCGAGACAUACUUUUUU